AUGGGAGGCUGCCUGUCAAAGUCUGGCUUCUCAGACGACUCCAAAGGUCAGCGGCUGGACGAUGAACCAUCAUCCUCGAGACCCGCGGCGGUAGGCUCCCCUGCCAGGAGCAAAGGGCCAGACAGAGCAGCUCUGGCGGCAGCAGCAGACAAACGGCGGGCAGAAUCUGCGAAUCGAGGUGUUCAAGGCAAAGGCGGCAAGUUGAGCCAGCAAUUGGAGGACUCGAAGCGAGCUCAGCGGAAUCUGCCCGCAUCCGAGGACGCUACUCCGAAACUGACCGCUCAGGAUUGGGCAUGA